GCCCUGAACGCAGCGCCCUUUCCCUGUGCUGACCUCUGACAGCCGCUCAUGGAUCCGCUCCCUCCCUUCACAAACACGGAAGCAGCAUGGCGUCCAACAGCAGCGGCGGCGGCAGCUCCGACAGGCAACGGAUUGCACAGCAAAGACUGAGAAUAAUUGCCGGGCAUCUACAGGGACCGGUGGACGGUGACUCGGCCAUUGUAGCGGCGGAGUGCAAAGCCCAGCAGGGCAGCAAGACAGAUGUCGCCAGUGAGGAGAAGACGGUGCCGAGGAGGAGGCAGGAGAUUAUGAAAUGGAACGGCUGGGGAUACAGCGAUUCAAGAUUCCUCUUCAACAAGAAAGGUCAAGCAGAAUUUACUGGCAAAAGGUAUAGACUCAGUGGCAUGAUUAUCCCUGCUCUGAAAGACUGGUUUGAAGGCACAUUUGGAGCCAAUUUGCAACAUAAAUCUCCAGCAACACCCAUUCUGUCUAGCACUGCUGUUCAGCCUCCCACUCUUAACGAGGCCUUCGUGGAAGAAUUGAAAUCCACAGGUAUUCCCUUCUCUCAUGACGCAGAUGACCGGGUGUUUCGCGCCCACGGCCAUUGCUUACACGAGAUCUUUGCUCUGCGAGAGGGGAAAGUUGGUCGUGUUCCAGAUAUGGUGGUGUGGCCAAACUGCCACAAUGAUGUAGUGAAAAUUGUGGAGCUGGCGUGCAAACAUAAUGUUUGUUUGAUACCAUAUGGAGGAGGGACUAGUGUCUCUAGUGCCCUAGAGUGCCCCCCAGAGGAAACUCGCUCCAUUGUUUCUCUGGAUACCUCACAGAUGAACCGCAUUCUGUGGAUUGACGAGAAAAAUUUAACUGCCCAUGUGGAAGCUGGCAUCGUCGGUCAGGAAUUGGAGAGAUUGCUUAAUGAGAGCGGCUACUGUACGGGGCAUGAGCCAGACUCCAUGGAGUUCAGCUCCCUGGGGGGCUGGGUAGCAACCAGAGCAUCAGGCAUGAAGAAGAACAUUUAUGGCAACAUUGAGGACCUGGUCGUUCACGUAAAGAUGGUGACCCCACAAGGAGUGAUUGAGAAGAGCUGUCAGGGCCCACGCAUGUCCACGGGGCCAGACAUUCACCACUUCAUCAUGGGAUCAGAAGGAACCCUGGGCGUGGUUACUGAGGUAACGAUGAAGAUUCGUCCGAUGCCUGAGUAUCAGAAGUACGGCUCAGUCGUAUUUCCUAAUUUCGAGCAGGGAGUUGCCUGUCUCCGAGAGGUUGCCAAGCAGAGGUGUGCCCCGGCAUCUAUACGACUCAUGGAUAAUGAACAAUUUCAAUUUGGUCAUGCCCUGAAGCCUCAAGUGUCUUCAAUUUUCACAUCCUUUCUGGACGGGUUGAAGAAAUUUUACAUUACCAAGUUCAAAGGGUUCGACCCCAACCACUUGUGUGUGGCCACCCUGCUGUUUGAAGGAGACCGUGAGAAGGUCCUGCAGCACGAGAAGCAAGUUUAUGACAUCGCUGCAAAAUUCGGGGGGCUGGCAGCUGGAGAGGACAAUGGGCAGAGGGGCUACAUGUUGACCUUCGUCAUCGCUUACCUCCGGGACUUGGGGAUGGACUACUAUGUGAUCGGGGAGUCCUUUGAAACCUCUGUGCCUUGGGACAGGGUGUUGGACAUCUGCCGGAACGUAAAGGCACGCAUCAUUCGAGAGUGUAAAGACAAAGGAGUGCAGUUUUCACCCUUAUCCACAUGCAGGGUGACUCAGACGUAUGACGCUGGCGCCUGUGUCUACUUUUACUUUGCCUUCAACUACAGGGGACUCAGUGAUCCAGUACACGUGUAUGAACAAGUGGAGCAUGCAGCUAGAGAAGAGAUCCUUGCCAACGGAGGAAGCUUGUCACAUCACCAUGGAGUGGGGAAACUUCGGAAGGAGUGGAUGAGAGAGACCGUCUCCGAGGUCGGCCUGGGGAUGCUCAAGUCCGUCAAAGACUACGUGGACCCCAAGAACAUCUUCGGCAACAGGAACCUCCUCUAAUUUCCCGCUCACCUUUAUCUCACCUUUUUUUUUUCUAAAAAUCAUCUUGGAUUAAUAGAUACUAAAUGUGAAUUUAAAAUGGACAGAGAUGUUGUCUUUUUCAUCAAGUGUCAUUCAGUGCCAUUUAUCGAUUCACCCAAACCUUUUCUCUACAUUAUAUUGCACUUAAUAAUAUGCUGUAACAAUCAUUGUCACUCUGCACGGUGGAGCUCAGUUUCGCUGCUGAGUCGCGGCCUCAGCUUGUUGUUGGAGCUACGGCCAUGAUGCAACCAGACAUGAUGCAACAAAACCUUGAUUUUUGUCUUUUUUUCAUACAUUUAAAGGGACAGUUUUCCCUAAAUUAAAAAAUAUUUCCUUUUCCUAUUACCUGUAGUGCUAUUUAUAAAUCUAGACUGGUUUGGUGUAAGUUGUAGAGUGUUGGAGAUAUCAGCCUUAAAGGUGUCAGCGUUCCCUCGAAUAUAAUGGAAUAAAUGCCACUUCACUUGUGGUGCUUAAAGAAAAAAAAUAUAGACCUGAAAACUCAACACCAGAUAAGAUAAGAUGAUGCACAGACUUUGAGUGAGCAGCUGAUCUGUAAUCAUGGAUGUGUUAUAGAGCUGGAUAUAUUACCACUGCGUAGCCUAGCAGACAGCUUUUUUUCAUUGGCCACUUGCGGUAUUGCAACGAAAAUCACUUAACAGCCCAAAAAAACAUUGUUUUUCUCAUAAACCACCAAUAUAAAAGAGACGUCUGUAAAACUGUUGACAGGACACCUUUAACUGCAAAUAUGGUCAAUUAUGACUGUUUCUACUUCUUUUUUUUAUUGGGCAGAGGAAAAAACAAUUUUAAUAACCUGUGAUGUAAUCACAAUGUAAAGUCUAUGGGCCAAGCAGCAAGAAAACCUGAAAGCCAGAAAACAGUUUUAAACUGCACCAGGUGAGUGGACUAAAUUGGCGCCAUCUUUGGGUCCACUUUUAGUUCUUAUGAAACAUCCAUGGCUACAACAUAAUGUAACAUCUGCCUCCAUCUGCCUCCACACUUCUGCACAGUGAUGUGGUUGGCAGGUAAAGUUCUGUAGAAAGCAAAUACUUCCAACAUGAAACUGCUCACAUCAAGGUCUGUAGGCUAUCCUGAGUAAAAGGGUCAUGAUUUCUGAAGAGAUUUUCAAAUAUUUUUUUGGUGCUUUGAGCAACACAAGCUGAGUUCCAUCUAGUUCCAUUAUAUUUGCAAGAAGGCCGACAUCUCCAUGGUGGAUAUCUCCAACACUCUACAACUCACACCAAAACACUUAAGCUUGAUAAACAGCACUUAAGAUAAAAGAAAAAUAUGUAGUUUUGAUUGUGGGGUGAACUGUCCUUUUAACCAUUUCCUUAAUCAAUAUCCUUGCCAACAUGGUUAAUUCAUGUGUUUGUAUUUACUUUCCUCUUGUGCGUAUGUGGCACUUCUUUAGUGGUAAGUUCUAGAUGAAUGCGCUUUCUAAAGCUCUGUGCCUUUCUAAAGAUUUUGUCUGCCUUCCCCUUCUGCGACUAAAAACUUUGCCUGUGUGCACUGAGUCCCUUUGUGAAACAAAAUGAACUUGGACUUGAUGUUUCCUGUGUCUUCAUAUUUUUCUUGCCCUCAUGCCUUUUGUUGUACUGACCUAUUGCCAUAAGAGACUUUUUCUGGACUCUAUGUGAGUGUGUGUGUGCGUGUGUGUGUGUGUGUGUGUGUGCGUGCCUGGACUGAAGCCUCCCUCUGCUCCAACAAAUUUUAACAAGAAACCCCCCUUUCUCCCUCCUAGCAGUACAGUAUGGUCACUAAGAGAGAUAUUCCUUGUGUGUUUAGUUUUUUGUACUAAAAGCGUUUACCUUGCGUAGUUUGUUACUGAGAUUGUGAAGUGUAGGGUCGGGGGGCAAAGCCAUCGUGUUUUUCCAAUCACGGCUGCUUCAAUGUGACCGCGUUUGCAAUUUAAGGCCUCUGGAUCCCGGUGCUCACGUCGUACCAAAGACUCAACACAUCAGAUCAUGCAAACAGACAGUUUGACCUUCACACACAUUUACUAACUUCAUGCACAGCUAAACUAUAUUUUUUAAUCAGCAUAUGCAAAGAUAACCCUUCUGAGAGCUGUAAAUUGUGACUGUUAUAUGUGCUAAAAACUUUCUACAUCACGUUUCUUAUGUUCCAGACACUGUAUUGGAUUAUUUCUGCUUCAUAGAAUUUCCUCCUGAAAUGGUUUUCCUCAUUAUGUGUACCAUGUGAAGGUUUUUUGGGACAGAUUCUGUAACCUACUGCAAUUUGAUACCAGACUUGUACCAUUUGUGGAUUUUGAAGCAAAGUAAAGCUAUAAAAAUAGAGCUGUUUGCUGAUUAAUCUUGCCUUUUUCCCUCCUUAUCUGUGCUUAACAUUUCCCUGGACCCGUCAUGUUACAUUUUACCUCUGUGUCAAAAAAUGUGCGAGAGCUUUUGAACGUUAUGGAUGUACCUUUUUGUUAUUUUCCACUUCUCUUAACGACGUCCUAACAUCUGAGUACAUUUUGUCAAUGCUGUUUGUGCAAUAAAUUGAACUAAAACAUCC